CGCGUGUGUGCGUGCGGGCAAAAUAAUUGUUACGCGCGAAGAGCAUGGCUAGCAACACGAAGCAAGCCUUCAUCUAUUCUCUCGCCCUCCUCUGCCUCCACGCGAUUUUCGUGAACGCAGCGCCGGAUUGGGUGCCGCCCGAGGUGUUCGAUUUGGUCGCGGAGGACAAGGCUCGGUGCAUGAGCGAGCACGGGACGACGCAAGCGCAAAUCGACGACGUGGACAAAGGGAACCUGGUAAACGAACCGUCCAUCACUUGCUACAUGUAUUGCUUGUUGGAGGCGUUCAGCUUGGUGGACGAUGAAGCGAACGUGGACGAGGAUAUAAUGCUGGGCCUGUUGCCGGAUCAACUUCAGGAAAGGGCUCAGUCGGUCAUGGGCAAAUGCCUUCCAACCUCCGGCUCCGAUAAUUGCAACAAGAUAUACAAUCUCGCCAAAUGCGUCCAAGAAUCUGCACCGGACGUAUGGUUCGUUAUCUAAGGGGACGCGACGAGAAGACUAUUUUUCUGGGAGGAUCGAGAACAGGCUGUGUUGAAAGAAAGAAAUAAUUGCGAAAUAAA